UGACGAAUGUAAACAAACGUUCGCAUUUUGUAAUAGCAACUAUAGAAGUGUUAUCAUAUUGUUAGCAGUCAUGUCCAUGUCCGGCACUGUUUGGUCCCGAGUUGAAUGUUGGUCGAAAAUGCGGAACUUGAAAGAUAUGGAGAGACUCUACAUAUUACGUAUCAAGCAUCGUUGCGGCUUGUGUAACGAAGCAACUUCGGUUACCUAAGUUCGGCUGCUUACGAGAGCAUCGCUGUUCGCGCUUGUAGCCAGAGGUGCGUCCGCUCUCCUCUUAAGAAGUGUCAGAAUAACUUUACAAUGAGGAAUAUGAAAGACUUGGUAGCUUACACUUUUGCAACAUGUCUUUUGAUGACUCCACUGGUUACUCCCUCCAGUGGUAUGUUUCAAGACAUCACAAACAGUGUCUUCAGGUCUUCUCCAGAAAGUAAUCCAGUGCAGUUGAACUAUGGUGUUGCAGUCACUGAUGUAGACAAUGAUGGACAGCUGGAAGUGGUGGUAGCUGGGUAUAAUGGCCCAAAUCUUGUGCUGAAGUACAACCGCGAGACAGACCAACUUGUGAACAUUGCAGUAGAUGACCCGAGCUCUCCAUUUUACUCUCUGAGAGACGUGGGUGGUCAGGCAAUUGGGGUGUCAGCCUGCGAUGUGGAUGGAGAUGGAAUGGAAGAGAUAUACUUCUUGAAUACCAACAAUGCAUAUUCUGGAAUGGCUUCAUAUUCUGAUAAACUCUUCAAAUUCAGAAAUGGGAAAUAUGUUGACCUCUUGUCAGAUGACAUCAAUCAAGACAUCGCAAGUUACUUUGCAGGAAGAUCUGUUGCUUGUGUCGACCGUACUGGUAAUGGAAGGUAUGCAAUAUACUUGGCUAAUUAUGCAAAAGGUCGUGUUGGACCUCAUUCACUGAUUGAAAUGGAUGAAAGUCGGAGUGACGUUUCUGCUGGAAAAAUAGCUCUUAGGAAUGUUGCCCGAGAGGUUGGUGUUGAGAAACUAACAGGUGGACGUGGUGUAACUGUUGGUCCUAUCCUGAAUGAUAAAGGGUACAAUGAUAUCUUUUGUGUCAAUGAACAUGGUCCAAAUUUCCUGUUCAAGAACCAAGGCAAUGGAAGGUUCACAGAUGUUGCUGCAAACACAGGUGUUAGUGAUGCCUACCAGCAUGGACGUGGAGUCGCGUUGACAGAUUUCAAUGGAGAUGAGAAAAUUGACAUUGUUUUUGGAAACUGGAAUGGACCUCACAGGAUCUUUUUGCAACAAGAGGAUACAGCAGGACAGCCAACAUUCAUGAACAUUGCAACAGAGGAAUUUGCAAGCCCUUCUCCAAUUAGAACAGUCAUUGCUGCAGAUUUCAACAAUGAUGGAAAUUUAGAGGUUUUGCUCAACAACAUAGCUUAUCGCGGUGCAGCUCCAAACAAAUUGUUCACUGUUGACCGUGGUCUGAAUGAUCAGGAUUUAACUGUGAGGAAGCUCAACAUUGGAGAUGCAGAAGAGAAAAAUGGACGAGGCACAGGUGGCACAGUAACAGAUUUAGAUGGUGAUGGUGUCUUGGAGGUUAUUCUCUCUCAUGGGGAAUCAGCGGAGCAACCACUAUCUGUGUACAAGUUAAGCUCAGACCAGGACACCUCGUCCAAUGGUUGGUUGCGUGUCCAAGUCCUCACAUCAUCUGGAGCCCCAGCAAGAGGUGCUAAAGUAACAUUGCACACUACUGGGAGGAAACAUUCACGAGUCAUUGAUGCCGGGUCUGGAUACCUAUGUCAGAUGGAACCGGUUGCCCACUUCGGUUUUGGGCAAGAUGAACCAACAAGGCUUGAAGUUGUGUGGCCUGACUCGAGCUACGAAAUGAUGGAACUGAACUCCACGAGUACAAACAUAGAAAUUACUGUGAAUCACCCAAGGCCUGGGGUCCAAGCCCUGAAGCGUGGACUACCUGUUGCUGAGAAUGCUGAGGCAGCCACUAUUCGUGGUCUGGAAAUAUUUGAUGUUGCCAUGUUCUUAGUGGCUAAUCUGCUAUUGUUUAUCUUGUAACAUAUAUGGGUAUGAGAUUCAUGUUGUACACAUUUACUUUGGUAAAGUCUACUUGCGCAUUGGUGUUGUUGGUAAUUUCCAUAUUUCUUCAGAAAUGUUAAAUCUGUCAUUAAUCUUUUGGAGUAACAAAGACAUUUCUUUCAACCAUAGUUCUCCAGAGUAUUAUCCUUCUCGUGUACAAAUACUAUGAGCUUUUAGAGCAAUUUGAUUACAAUGGCAUUUGUAAUGAUAUUAAUUUUUAUUCAAGUUUUACAGAACAAAAGGUUUGUAUCAAAGAUUUUCAAAAUGUUCUUUAAAUGUGAAAUAAAGGCUUGUACGUAUAUGUUUAUUAGAGAUUCUCCUUCCUGAUGUUAGUAACUGUAUAAUUACAAUGUAUUUCAAUUUUAUUUGCCUACAUUCUUGGUCUCCCCAUCCCAAAACACUUCACUCACUUGUUUAACAGACAGAAGUACUCUAAUUCAAUAGAAGCACAGCAUAUUACCACCUGGAAACAAACCCCUCACAUUUGUUGUGUGUUCAUUGCUGUUAAUAUCUGUAAAAAUUUCCCUAGGUCUUGUCCUCCUCUGCAGAAUCCUGACUCACUGAUCCAUGUAUUUCUCCCUUAUCUAAUUCAUUCUCUUAUUGUGUUCAUGUAAGUGAUUAAAAGUGGGAUAUUUACUAAAUUCUUAGCAUAUAAUUUCUCUUUUUCAAUUCUUGUCUCCUUUGAUUGUUGGCCUUGUUGUGAGCAUGUUAAUUGUAUGUAAUUCUACUUACAAUGAGACAAGCCAAGAGUAAUGCUACUAACGUAUAUAUCGUCAACUUUGGAGUCUCCAGCUUUAUCUCCAGAUCAGCAGCAGAACUUCUUUCCCUUUGACAGACUGAUUUGUAGCCCAACUUUGUGAAGGGCAAUGGCAACCUCCUACUAUUUUUUUCGGCUGAACAGGAUGUUCCGCAGAGCCCAUAAAUGUGCAACAAGAAUUUUUCUGCAGGGAAGAUUAUCUGCUGUGACUGAAAGGAUGUUCCUGAUUAACUCUUUCC